AUGGGUCAUAAUAUAUUUGACGCAAAAAAAAAACAGACUAGUCGGAAAAGAAAUGUUAUAAAAAUAAAAAAUAAUAAAGGGAGGGUUUAUGAACGAAAAGACCAAAGUGAAAGAUAUAGAGAUAUUUUAAGUUAUUAUAAAAAUGAAAAAAAAACAAACAAAUUUAUUGAUAAAAGAAAAAAUAAAAAACAUGAAAAAAAAAAUAUGUUUAAUUUAAAUGAUGAUUCAUAUAUUAAGGAUAAACAUAUAAGUAUAAAUGAUGUUGGAGAUACUGAUGAUGAUUUAUAUAUGGACAAUUUUAAUUCAAAAUCCAAUUUAAAAGGAAAAAGAAAAUUUAAUAAUUCUAUGAGUAAUGCAAUUCAGGAAAAAAUAGAGACACGGAAAUUAAUGCAAAUUAAAAAAUAUGAAAUAAAAGAAAAACUGAAAGAAUUUGAUGAGCAUUUUGAUUAUAUAAAACAAAAUGUGUUAUCAUUAAAUCAUAAAGAGGACCCUUUAAUAACUGAUGAACUUGUCAAAAAAAAAAAAAAUAAAAUAAAUAAUAAUGAAGUGAAAUUUAAAAAAAGCACAGAAAAUGUUAAUAAAAUAAAAUUAGGUUCUCGUGAUGAUAGUAAGAAUGACAAUAUUGGCGAGAGGGGAGAUUCCAAUCUGAGGAAUAAAAAACGUGACAGUCCAAAUCGUCCAAAUAGUUCCAAUGCUGAAGAUGAUUCGGGUGAAGAUUCAUAUGGCGAUUCGGGUGGCGAUUCGGGUGCUGAUGCAUAUGCCGAUUCAGAUGCUGAUGCAUAUGCCGAUUCAGAUGCUGAUGCAUAUGCCGAUUCAGAUGCGGAUGCAUAUGCCGAUUCAGGUGACGAUUCCUAUACCGAUUCAGAUGGCGAUUUGAUUGAUGAGAGUGGAGAUAGCGAUGGUAGCAGCGAAUUGGAAGGGGGGAGAAGAGAAAAUUUCAAGGAGAAGAAAAAAUGUGAAUAUUUUGAAAAACUACGACGUGAUAAUAAUUCUAAAAUAUGGUGGAAUUCAGACGAAAGUGAUAAUGAAAUAAUCGAAGAAAUAUUUAUGGAAUUUGAUAAUUCAAAUAAAUUAAAUAAUGAAGAAAGAAUAAUAAGUGAGGAAAAAAAUAAAGUAAAUAAUAUUUUAGAAAAUUUUAUGAUAAAUGGAAAUAAUGAAUUGUAUAAUUAUUUUAUAAAUAAUAGUGAAGAAGAAGAAAAAAAGUUACCAUUAUUUAUUUCGAUAGAAAAUAAAAAAUACGAAUUAAAGGAUAUAAUAUCAUUGCUUGAACCACAUGAUUUUAGUAUACAAAAAAAAUUAUUAUAUAGGAUAUAUUUUAUUAACAUAUUUAAAAAUAGUAAUAAAUAUAAUUGGAAAAAUGAAAGAAAAAAACAUAUGAAUAUAUUUCAUGUUUCUUUUUUUUUCUCUUUAAUGGAUUAUUGUAUACUAAAUAUAUGGAAAUGUUUAAAUUUUAAUUUUAAGUUACAUAAUUUUAUACAAAAUUAUAAACAAGUAAUUUUAGAUUUUUCUCAUUAUAUGAAAACAGAGUUAUAUUUGUAUAUGUCUUUUUUAUUAUUAAUUGUAUUUUGUAAAAUUCAGAGAAAAAUAAAAAUAACAAAAUUUUAUAAAAAAAAAUUAUAUGUGUUACAAGAAUAUGUAGAACUAAACAAAGAUAAUAAGGAGAAAGAAUAUGAUGUUUAUGUUUAUUCAAGAAUAUUAAAAAGUGUUGAAUUAUUUAAUUCAAUAUUUGAUCAGUAUGAAAAAUAUACUGGAAUAUAUGAUAUUCAUUUUUCUGUAAUUAUAAUUGCUCUCAUAAUUUAUCCUAUAAUUCGAAAUGAAACAGUAGAUGGGUCAGUUCAAACGACAAGCCAAAAUAGUUAUGAUUUUAAAAAUGAAAGAGAUGGGUUCCAUAAGUUGGGUAUGGGAAAUGCAAAUGAUGUAAAGGAUGAAGCUGAUAUAAAUUGCGUAAAGGAUGAAGGUAUUUUGAAAAAACUGUCUUAUAUAAAUAAGAAUAACAUAUUAGAACCAGAUAAUGAAACUAUUCCUAUUAUCUCAUAUGUAAUAGAAUUAGUUGAAUUUAUAUUUUAUAAUUAUUUAUAUGAAAAAAAUAAUAAUAUAAAUCAUGAUAAGACAUCAAAUAAUUAUGAUUAUAUACUUAGUGAUAUUACUUAUACUAAUGAUACUAAAAUUGAAGAAUGCAUAAAAAAAUUGGUAAAAAUAUUUUCCUAUCAACCAUUUGAUUUUAUAGAAAAGGAGGCAAAAAUUGAGCAUGAUAAUAAAAAGAAUGAAAAAAAAAAAAAAAAAGAAAGUGGGGUGGGUAUAAUAAAUAACCUUGGUAUAUAUGAUAAAAAAAAAAAAUUGAAAAAUGCAAUCGUUUUAUUAAAUAUUUAUAAUAUAAUUAUAGAAAAUAGUAAAAAGCAUAGUCAUACAUAUUUAUAUUUAUGUUUUCGAAUUUUGAACACUCUUUUGUUUAACAUCGUAUCAGACAAAUCGGAUAAAAAAUGUGACGAAAAAGAGGAAAACAUAAAUGAGGGUGAAAAGGACGAAAACAUAAAUGAGGGUGAGAAUAUGAAUUUGUAUUAUAACUUAGCAUUUAACACAUUUAAUAGUUUAAUUUAUUUUUUAAAAAAAAAUAUAGAAAAUGAUAUUAAUAUAUACAUAUUAAUAGAACAUAUUGUUACCCCUAAUUUAUUUUAUUUAUAUAUUAAUUAUUUAAGUUUUAUAUUUACUAAUACAAAAAUUAAUUAUUCCGAUAUUUUGAAAGAGUUAAAAAAUGUCGAAUUUAAUAAAAAAUGUGUACCUGAAAAUAUGAUACCAAAUAAUAUAUUAAAUAAAUAUAAUAAAAAUUCAGAGAAAUAUUUUGUUUAUUUAUUAUAUAUAUAUAAAUUAAUUGAAUAUUCCAAAACAUUUGAUAUUAAACCAAUUAUAUAUAAUAAUACUCAUAAAAAUGGUAUACCCCUAUUUACACCUAAAUAUGCUAACAAUAAAAAUCCAAAAGAUUUCCUAUUUAUGCAAAAUUAUCAAACUAAGUUUGCAGAAAUGAAAUCAAUGAGAAAAAAAAUGAGACAACAACGAAAGCUUGAUUAUAAUGAGCUGAGAAAGGAGAACAGUUAUAUCAUUGGAUUGAAGGCCAGAGAAGAACAAGAACGAAUAAGAAGAAAUCAAGAAAAAUACAAAAAAAUAAAACAAAUGGCUGUUAAUGAUGUUGAAGAGUAUAACAGAAUGAAGACUUAUACUCAUUGA